UACAGAUAGUCGAGCAUCUCCUUUCAGCAAUGUCUCAGCAAUUGAUGACUUACGCAUCUUCUUUACGGUCACAGCAGCUUUCGCGGUUGUGUUAAUUUCGAUGCAAAGUCGACGAUCUGAACUAAUUUCUAGAUACGACUUUAUAUGGAAAUUACAGGCCCUCCAUGAGCAAGUUGAAAUGAAGAAAAAACAUGCACAAAAUAGAAGUAUCCUGGAGAAUAUUCUGCCUAGUCAUGUGGCUAAACAUUUUCUGGAGGAUAAAGUGAACAGCAAAUCUAAAGAUCUCUACCAUGAAGCUCGAGAUUAUGCUUGCAUAAUUUUCAUCACGAUAACAGACUUCAGUAAGUUUUAUAUGGAACUUGAUGCAAACAACGAAGGAGUGGAAUGUUUACGUCUACUAAAUGAGAUAAUCUCGGAUUUUGAUGACUUACUUGAUAGGGAUGAAUUCAAAUGCAUAGAGAAAAUCAAGACGAUCUCAACGACAUAUAUGGCAGCUAGCGGAUUAUAUGGAAAGGUAGGGAACGUCAUUGAACUUUCGACAUUAGAAAUAAUAAAUAAUUACUGGUAAUA